UUUCCUGUUGUUCCUCACAGUGAGGACAAAGAAGAAACACAGAAGCACAAUAAUGAAACAAGAUGAAGAGAAAACUAUCAAAGGAACUCAAUGAAUCAAAUCAGAUCCAACAGAAAAACUCGAAACAACAAAGAAACUUUAAAUCACAUGAGAAAAACUGGAGCAAUGACAUGUACAAAGACGAGUGUGAUGAGGCUCCAAGCCAAAGAUGAACAGGAGUCUAGAGCCAAGCAGCAGCUCUGUGAGGCUGGGCUUAGACACAGUGCUGCUUUCAGCUACAUGCUAACAUGCUAACAGUGACAAUGCUAACAGGCUGAAGUUCAGCAGCUACAAAGUUCAUCAUGUUGGUUGUUAUAGGAAAUGUUAGCAUGCUAACAUGGGACAGAUUCAAAUGUGACCUGAUGAUGGCGCUAGAUGAAAAGUCAGAGCAUCACCAAAGUUCCUACAGUCGAUCCUCAGGGGAACAUGAACGUCUGAACCGAUUGAAAUGUGAAUAUUUGUUGAGAUAUUUCAGUGUGAAGAACAAAGAAAAGAGAAGAAGAGACAGUCAUGUUGAUAUGAACAUUAGAGAAACACAUGAUGGAGCUGAAAUAUGAUCCUGGUUCAUAAUGUGGACUCCUUCACCUCAGCUGACACAUUCAGCAGCAGACAGGUUUUUGUAUCAGUCUUUUUCACUGUGGGAGGAUACGGGUACUUCAUCUUUGGCUCUGGAACUAAACUGUAUGUAACAGAUGAGCCGGUAGUGAAGCCCGUGGUGAGCGUGUACCCAGCAGCAUCCAGAGCCCACCUGGAGGGGAAGAGCUCCCUGCUGUGUCUGGCCUCAGCCAUGUCUCCUCCUCUGGUCCAGUUCUCCUGGAAGAGACAGAAGGAGGAUGGUUCUCUGGAGGAGCUGACCCGUGAUGAUGGAGAGCAGCUGGUGCUCACAGAGCCGGGACGCACCGCCGCCAUCUUGCUGAUCCACCAGCCAGAGAACAGCACGUAUAAAUACCGCUGCUACGUCAAGCACGAGGGCGGCACAGUGGAGGCCCAGACACAACAAGGUGAUGAAGGCUCGCUGACUAGGUUCCAGCUCCAGCAGCCCCCUGUCCUCCAGAGAGAGAGCCAGCACACCUGGCAGCUCUGCAGCAAGAUGACUUGCAGGGUGAAGCUGCUCUGUCUGCUCUACACAGUGCUGAUAGUGAAGAGUCUGGUGUACUGCUGUGGACUCUCUCUGCUGAUGAUCCUCACAAACAAGGGACCGUCCACCAACUGCAGACGUGCUGACUGA